AUGAAGUUCUUCGCUCUCGCCAUUCUUGCCGGCUUCACUGCUGCCUCUCCCGUCAUUGUGCUCGAGUCUGAGGCCAUUGGACUCCAAGCUCGCCAAAUCGGUUCUUCCAGGACCGAACUCGAGAGUGGCAGUGCUUCUGCUUGCCCAAAGGCUAUCCUUAUCUUUGCUCGUGGCAGCACUGAGACGGGCAAUUUGGGUACCUUGGGUGUCCCGCUCGGUAAUGCUCUCGAAAGCAGGUAUGGUGCUGCAAAUGUUUGGGUUCAGGGUGUUGGAGGUCCAUACGAUGCCACGCUCGCAGACAACUUCCUUCCGAGAGGCUCCUCUGCUGCUGCUAUCAGAGAGGGUGUCCGCCUUCUCAAUCUCGCCAAUAGCAAGUGCCCGAGUUCGAAAGUUGUUACUGGAGGAUACUCUCAGGGAUCUGCUCUCAUCGCUGCCGCUCUGUCCGAUGUAACUGCUACCGUGCGCAAUCAGGUGGUCGGAACAGUUCUGUUUGGAUACACGAAGAAUCAGCAAAACUUGGGUCGGGUCCCUAACUACCCUUCAGACAGGCUCGCGAUCUACUGCGCGGUUGGGGAUCUGGUGUGUGAUGGAACGCUUGUCAUUACGGCUGCACACUUGUCGUACGGUGAUGAAGCUGCUAAUGAAGCCCCUCGAUUCCUGGCUGGAAAGAUCGGUGCGUAA